AUGGUCUUCUGUGCAUACUGUGGGAAGUCCUUCACCAGGAAGGAACACCUGGAAAGGCAUAUUCCUAGCCACACCAAUGUCAAGCCUCAUCGCUGCAGUGCUUGCCAGCUUUCCUUCGCCAGACGAGACCUCCUCCAAAGACAUCAUUCGACAUACCAUGAAGCAAGAGACCCUAUGGAACCCUUGCCCGGGGGUGUACCGACAGUGGCCGGCCGCACACCUAUAGCUUGCCAAAAUUGCGCAAACGCAAAGACCGGCUGCGACAAGAGAGUGCCCUGCUCACGCUGUGCAGAGAAGAAUCUCCCUUGUGCUGCUAGGUUUGCGCGGAGAUCGUCCAAGGCCGCUGUCAGGGCUGCACAAGCCAGCGCUGCCUUCCAACAACAGAUGAUGACCACCGUACCACAACCACCUCAACCAGCUCAGCCCGUGACCUUCAUGGAUCUCGACCCGUCCUUGCCCAAGCAGGAGUCUCCGGGCAAGGUGUCGGCGGGGUCGCCCAUUGCAACAAUGGACCCUCGUAUGAUGGAAGCGCCGAUGAAGAAGAGCUCCCCGACACAGUCCCAUCGCAGCUCAGACGAUUUCCCGUCACCCCACAGCCGGGUCGACGGGCUCGACGAGUUUAUGCAACUCAACAGCGACUUCAUCACGCCCGAUACAAACUACCAGGAUAUGAUGGUCUGGCCCGAAUAUCCCAUCGAGCUUGACAUGUACUCCGGACAGUUGCCCAUGUCGCGCCCGGAUAUGUCGAUGCCCACUUUCCCGGAGCUGAGCGACAUGUCAUCGAGCUCGGCGUCAGAGCCCAUGACUGCCUCUUCAUCGCGCGGAUCGAUCCACACCCGAAGCACCAGCAUAAUGUCCUCUGCCGAGUUCGAUGCUACGAUGAAACCAACAGAGCCUACCCUGGGUAUGCCGAGGGAGUCAACAAUCCCAGAGUUUGAGGUUGUCAUUGCCGCCGAGGACUCGUGGCCACUCGCCCGCUGCAACCCGCCAAUCUACUCGGGCACCUGCCCACGAACAGCGAUCGUCCAUCUGGAGUGCCUGGAAAGGAAGUCCAAGGAGGAUGGUACCUGGAGUUCACUGGAGAAAUACCUGGAGAAUGUCGACUGGGACACGACGGAUGCUUCCGUUGUUCCCCUCACCUCGCGCACUCGUGACCGGAUGCUGGCCAUCACGCAGUCAUUCCUGCAAAAGGCGCUGCGCAUUCACAGGAGCGGAUUGAACACCGGGUAUUCCAAGACUGGCUAUGCCACCCCCAGCGAGUUCAACUUCAUCGUUCUUCCUCCCACCAAGAUCCUCGAGUACUUCCUCCGCAGUUACGUUCGCAGCUUGCAGAACUACUACCCCCUCGUCGUCGCUGGGUGUGUCGAUCCCAACGAGAUGCUCCUCAACAACCAGGCCUCGACCCUGCUGCUUUUGUUGAUGAUCGCGCAAGGCGCCUCCGCCGUGCCCAUGGCAGAGGCUCGGUACCUGGCAGCCGGCCUGACCGAGACGUGCCGCAUCUCGCUCUUUGACAUCAUCGAGAAGGAUGUCGAGUUGUCGGCUGACCCGGUGGCCUUGCGGUGCGCAUUACUGUUCACUUUACAAGGUGCCUGGAGUGGUGACAAGUGGCUGAUGGAUAUCGCCAUGGGGCAAAGGGGAAUGUACCUGUCGAUGCUGAAACAUGCCGGCAUGCUGGAGCCUCAACCGUCAAUGAUCCCGACCUUGAACAGCACAACGAGCAACGAGCUGCAAUGGCGCGCGUGGCUGCACCGCGAGAUGCAGAACAGGCUCGUCUACAACUGGGUCAUGUGCGACCAAGAGCUCAGCUUGUUCCAUGACACCCCCCCUCAACUGGCCAUCACCGAUCUGCAAUGUCCUCUCCCCAGCCCCGAGGGACUCUGGCUGGCAUCGAACUCGGAGCAGUGGUUUGCCAGCGUCCAGAGCCGCUACGGAUGUACUGCCAACGUCAACCCACAGCUGCUUUCUAGCCCUUCCCUCACCCCUUCCCUCUGCGAGCUCUUCCAAGACUUCCUUCAUGACAACCUCUCUCGUCGUCAAGCUGGCCUCUCUCCUCAGCAGCUUCGCCUUCUCCUCCACCCUUUGCAAUCUCUUCUCUGCCACUUGAGACAGAUGCUUUCCUGCUUCUCAGACGUUCUCUCCACCAGACGCGCGACCUCCCGGACCAUCACGAAAUCGAGCACCAUGCUCCGCCUCGAGGAGGUUCAGGCCCUUCUCCAGAAGUGGUACGAGCUCACUAUGUCGUUCUACAGGAGCAAUCCUAGCUGCACGACCACGCGUUGCAACUUGGUCCUCUACCACCUCAUUUCUCUCAACGCCGUCACCAACUUCCCCGAGAUCGAGCGCCUCGCCCGCCGCGACGGUUUCGACGGCUCGUACUGGGAGCUGAGCCUGCGCCACAAGCGCUGCAUCUACAACCGCGAGGAGGCAAUAUUCCACUCAGGCCAGGUGAUGCGCCUUCUGCGCUCCAUGCCCGCCGACCGCCGCCCGUGCUGGUGGCCUGCCGGUGUCUACCGCGCCACCCUCAUCAUCUGGGCCGACAGUGUCGCACGUCUUGACCCCAACUUCCAAAAGGCACAGGCACAGCAGACUUCCUCGCCCGCAUCAAAGCACCGGAGCUCGAGCCCCGAGCACCUCAGCGGCGCCGGCGCCUCCAACGCCGCCACCAGCGGACAAAAUGGCAGCGGCAACAUCGUCGCCAUCGAUCAGGUCACACCCGAGGACCCGUCUGUGAUUUCCUACCUUUGGAGCGGAGGUGACGGACUACCCGUGCUAACCCGCCGCGACGGUACCACUUUGGGCCUGGAUAAGCCCGCCGAUGUCAUCAACUACGGCAUCAUGGCCAUUGAAGAGGGCGUUACCUGCCGCGUCGGCGACGGCAUCAGACGCAAGCUUGCCACCCUCAACAACAACUGGAACGUUGACGGCCUGGCUGCCGCCACUGGCUAA